CCACUGGGGCCGGACCAUGCGACCAUCCUGAGUGCAGCGAGCUUUAGCCAGGAAAGAAACUUCCAGCCUGGGCAUGCGGAGGUUGCUGCUGCGCGAGGCCAUCAAGCGCUUCCCCUGGCUGGCCAAUGUGACGCUGUACGGCGGCCUGUUCGCUGGAGGUGACUUGGUGCACCAGCUGCUGGCGCAAAAGGAGCGCCUGGACUGGACGCACACGCGCAACGUAGCCGUGGUGGCGGUCACCUUCCACGGCAACUUCAACUACUUCUGGAUGAGGGCGCUGGAGCGACGUUUCCCUGGAAAGUCGGCCGGGAUGCUCUUCCGAAAGCUGCUCCUGGACCAGAGCUUCGCCUCGCCGUUGGCCACGAGCGUCUUCUACACGGGGGUGAGCAUCCUAGAGGGCAAGGACGACAUCUUUGAAGACUGGCGGGAGAAGUUCUUCAACACGUGGAAGACUGGACUCAUGUACUGGCCUUUCAUGCAGUUGCUGAACUUUGCGCUGCUGCCUCUGCACAUGCGCACGGCCUUCAUGGGUUGCUGCGCCUUCCUAUGGGCCACCUUCCUCUGCUUCUCCCGCCAGGACGGCGACGGCACGGCCGGCGUGGCGCUGGCCUUCGUCAUGGACCCCCGCAAGACCCUGGAGGAGAUGCGACAGGCCCGCCUGGCCAGGAAGCGAGACCGACAGACCAAAACGGACAACUAGUCACGUGCCGCUGUUGAAUACCAACAAAUUAAGACGUCAUCAACCCGGAGCACCUGCCGAGUCCAUGCAUGACCUUGCACAUUGGGGCCAUACUAUGCGUGUAUUUUUUAAAUACAUGCCAAGGCAGCAGGUGGCGAUAUAGCCCCAGAAACAAAAGAUGAGCUAGUCAGUAAAUUGCCAGAGGCUGACAAUUUUUAAUCAAUAUGUACUUGAGUUUAGUUUCAUUGGACAGUAACAGGUUUCACAGGGGUCCCACAUGAGUGUGGUGGACAGUGCAGCUCCUAAAACUCACCUCGAGGGCUUGGUCAUUCUACUUGACACCAUUUUGUGCCUUGUCGUGUCGACGCACAGCGUUUGUUUUGACUUUGUGUUUCCUACCUCGAUGACAAACGGACCAGUCAUCUAAAUUUAGCCGUCUAGACAAGACAGGUAUGCAGAAUGUGUUUUGACAACAAACUACACUUGAAAUCCACAAAGGUUCAAUGGAGGCAACUGGGACUGUUGCCAUCAGCCGAGGUACCUCAUUAUGUACUGGCAAAAGAGCAAGACUAUUAAUUAAUACUAUAUGUCUGUUACAGUAUUUUUAACAAGUGAAUCAAAAUGUUGAUUUUACCAUGGAAAACCGAUGAACAUUUAUGCCUAAUUUCUGACAUGUUACAGACCAAACCAGUGACUAUAUCAAAAUUGAAUUGUGCACUCUCAAUUAGAAGUCAUGUCUGUUUUUUAAAUAAAGGGAUAGGACUUGAAACACGUCCGAUUCAUCAAUCAACAAAACUGACAGAUCAAUUGAUUAUUGAAACAGUUGCAGGAUGCCACCCAGGAAUUGAAAUCAACAUUGAAAGGAGUUUGAAUAAAAUGAGUCAGCUAUGCAUGAAGGACA